GAAAAGAAGCGCAUCCAGGUUCGCCUGUCUUUUGACAAUUGACCAAUUAUGUCUAGGUGGUCCAAGACUGUAAGACCAAAAUGAAGAUUUUAAAGGAAAAACUUCACAAAUAAGCUAGAAGAUACCCAAUCUUGCUACUUAUCAGCAAGAGAAUCGAUCAUUAAAGAGAAAGAGGAAAAGUUAGGAGAACUUAAGAAAAUAUCAGAUGAGAUUUAUAGUGAAAAAGAAGGGUUCUUAGCUGUCUCUCAUCGGUUUGAAAAGAGAAUAAAACUGAUGAAUAAUCAGUUGGAAAAUACAUACAACAAUACAGCUAUGUAUCUAAAGCAGCUCAAAUAACUAUGAAUCGAGUGAACAAAUAGAAUCAAAAAUAUUCGGAGUUUUGUUCAAGUCCCAAAUUGAUGCUAAAAAUCCUCCUCUUAAAAAGCAUUUCAAAGACCCUGAGGACCUAACAAAAAUCAGCGACCUCAACAGUCAAAUGAAGUCUGACCUAAAUUGCAAGCCAAAUAAGCUUAAACCUAAACAGAAGAAGUUAGAGAUUAUGCCACAAAUAAGUGUUCCUAAAAUGGAAGAAGAUAGAAAACGCGAAGAACAACUUAAUAGCAUCUUAGCCAAAAUGGAGAAGAGCAAACAACAGAAGCCUGGUGAUGACGCAGAGGAUGAACCUAUAGUGAUAGAUGAGGAAAUUAGGUUGGAUAAGUCUAUUGUUCAACCUGAUUGGGGCAAGAAUGUGCAUCAGAGAUUAGAGGAGAUCAAAGCUUCACCUUACAUUGAAGAGGAUGUAGAGGAAGAAGACGAGUAUAAAAUUACAGAUUUUGAGUUUAUACAAUUGCCAGCUGAUGGAUUUAUACAUCCUAUCGAAGUAUGCAUUGAUAAGAAUGAAAUUAUUAACAAUAAUGUGCAAAGUGACGUAGAAAGCCAAAAGAAAAUAGUUAAAAAGUCAUCUUUAAGGACACAGCCUCAAAAGCGUCGCUCCUCCAUAAAAAUCCGCCAAACACCAAUUCCAAAGGCCCAAAACACAGUUGAAUCUCUCCAUAACCGCUCAGUGAUAAUCUCAACACCCAAGACUUUACCAGACCUCAAGAUAAAACCUGGCGACCCCACUAGAUCUAACUACUACACCAAAAAGUCAUAUUCUCGAAUGCGAGAGAGUACUAAAAUGGUGGACAUUAAGGAAUUUAUACGUAAAAGGCUUCUAUAA